AUGCAAAAACGAGUUAAGGAAACCAAAUUGGUUCACCUUAAUUAUCCUUCUGCUUCUCCCACCAAAGAAAAAGAGGAAUUUAUUGUCUCUCGCGGAAUGAAAUCGAAUCCGGAAGUUAGUUUACCAACAAGCGAAUUAUACUUGUGA